AUGGCAGAAACAAAAGGGCCACAUGCCAGGGUCCAGGACGCCGUGAGAAACUUUCUUAAAAACCUGCCAAGAGGGUGUGAGGACCAUCAUGGUUCGAACAGACGUCUCAAGCAACCUCGCAAGAAAUGCCAAGCCACAUGGAAUGAUUGGAGUCAGGGUUUGCCGUCUGAACAACACGUUAUCAAACUGAAACAACAGUUCACCCUUCCGAGUAAUGAUAACGAGAAAACCGUAACGGAUGCACUGGAUGCGCUGGAAGAGUCUAGGCGUGUUUUUGAUGCUUUCGACAGGUAUUUGGAGGAUGCUUUAACGCAGGAAAAUAUGCCACAGGAAAAUGCCGUUUACUUCUUGAGGUUCCAUUUGCUGGUAGUCAUGAAUUUCUUGAGAGCUAGGUGCCAAAAACGACUUGGAAUACGUCGACGGGAAAGACGAAACCCGUUUCGGGACGAAUUCUACAACAAGUUGCUCUCCAAGAUUCGUGAAGGAGUCAGACAAUUCUACCAGAAGAGUGGCUCUUCUGCCGAAUUAGCUAAUGACAUCGACAUUGAUCGCCUUCUCGACGCUGCUGACUUCGGCUGCAAAUUACUCACAAUUCUAGAAAGGUUGUUUGGAGGUCGCAUCAACGAAAUUCCCUUCAACAGUAUGUCCACCGAUGCGCUUCUCUAA